GAAAUAUGUAUUGAAAAACAAAUCAGAAUUUCCCCUGCGUCAGGAAUUCCAUGAAGAGGUGUAGCCUAGCCCAGGCUGCAAUACGAUCACCCGUCCGACCGGUGUGGCGGUGCGGAGGGUGUUGGCUGGUUGGGCUGAAGGGCAAGGCGCAUACUUCGUACUGGUUAUGCUGUAGACUACCGGCUACUUUGCGCACUGUCUGCCUGGAUCUAAUCCGCAGCCGAAAGUGCCCAACGCUUUCUAUCGCCGCUUUGCUAUUUAUCCAUAGAGACCCUUGGAUUUGUACGUGCGCGUCAUUUCUGACCUGUGGAGUGAUUUUACGCACAGGCAAUUUGGGACUGAUCUUAUCGAAUCCGAAUGGAAUCAAACGGCAAAGCGGGAAAACAUGGUUUAGAGGGCGAUGUGGACCUUCAGUUCCUGCUGGUGGGGGGAAAGCUGAUGAAAGUAAAGUCUUCCUCUUGGAAAAAGGAGCGAAUGUACAAGCUGCAUGAUGACAAUGUGACCAUAUGGCAUGAGUCACACAGGAUCUUCAAGAGAAAACAAACCUUUUCCAUUGAUGACGUAGAUUCUGUGCGUAAGGGCCGUCAGUCGGAGGGUCUUCAGAAGCACACAGAGGCCCACGUUGAGAACCGCUGUUUCUCCAUCUUCUUUAAGGGCCGCAGGAGGAACCUGGACCUGGUGGCGACCUCGGCGGAGGAGGCUCGGCAGUGGGUCAAUGGUCUAGAGAAGAUCAUCUCUAACAUGAAGAAACUCAACCGCCAGCAGACGAGCGAGCACUGGAUCUUCAACUGUAUGAGGAAAGCAGACAAGAACAAGGACAACAUGAUGACUCUGAAGGAGCUGAAACACUUCCUCCGCCAGAUCAACAUCGAGGUGGACGAGACCUACGCUAAAUUGCUGUUUACAAAAUGUGACACGUCAAACUCUGGCACCCUGGAGGGUUCUGAAAUCAAACACUUCUAUGACCUGUUGACUCACCGGGAGGAGAUCGAUGUGAUCUACGAGAAGCACGCCGCCACGGGGGGGCAGAUGAGCGCCCAGGACCUGCUCAACUUCCUGCUGAAUGAGCAGCGUGAGGUGGCCACCUUGGAGGACGCCUUAAGACUCAUAGAGAAAUACGAGCUGGAUGACUCAGCAAAGCAUAUGAAUCACAUGACCAAAGAUGGCUUCCUGAUGUACCUGCAACAGGAGGAGGGGUCCAUCUUCAACCCCGCCCACAAGAAGGUGUUCCAGGAUAUGAGCCAGCCAAUCAACCACUACUUUAUCAGCUCUUCCCACAACACCUACCUGAUGGAAGACCAGCUCAAAGGCCCCAGCAGCACAGAGGCCUACAUCAAGGCCCUGAUGAAGAGUUGUCGCUGUGUGGAGUUAGACUGUUGGGACGGGGCCCAUGGGGAGCCAGUCAUCUACCAUGGCCACACCCUCACCUCCAAGGUCCUGUUUAAAGACGUCAUCAAGGCCAUCAAGGAGUAUGCCUUCAAGACAUCAGAGUACCCAGUGAUCCUGUCCCUGGAGAACCACUGUACACUGGAGCAGCAGAAACUGAUGGCCAAGCAUAUGAUCUCCAUCCUGGGCAGCGCCCUGCUCACCUCCCCCCUGGAGGACCAGAUGCCCACUGCCUUCCCCUCACCCCAGGAGUUGAAGGGUCGGUUCAUCAUCAAGGGGAAACGUCUGAACAAGCUGGAUGCCGUCUUCAGCAAUACUAGUCCUGGAGUAGAGGAAGACUGUGUCUCAGAGGAGGACGAGGCUGCAGAGACCAACAACUCCAAGACAGACACCAACGGACAGAAGGCCAAAGCCAAGAAGUCAAAGAUCAAGCUAGCCAAGCAGCUGUCUGAUCUGGUGAUCUACUGUAAGAGUGUCCACUUCUCAGGGUUUGAGCACGCUAAAGACAACCAGGCCUUCUAUGAGAUGUCCUCCUUUAAAGAGAGCAAGGCUGUUAACCUGGCUGAGACAGCAGGUAAAUCAAAUCAAAAUCAAAUCAAAUGUAUUUAUAUAGCCCUUCUGGCGCUGAACUUCCAGACUCCAUCUAAGGAGAUGGACCUGAACCAGGGCAGGUUCCGAUCCAACGGGCUGAGUGGAUACAUCCUGAAGCCUGAAUUCCAGAGAUACGCUGGGUCAGAGUUCAAUCCUAUGACCCUAACCAAGGGACCCUGGAUCAAACACAAGGCCUUCCACAUCAUGGUGAUCUCAGCCCAGCAGCUGCCCAAGCUAAACAAGGACAAGCCUAAAUCCAUCGUGGACCCGCUGGUUAAAGUGGAGAUCGACGGUGUUCCAGCUGACACGUGCAGCAAGGAGACACGCUCCAUCGAGAACAACGGUUUUAACCCCAUGUGGAAUGAGACGUUCCAGUUUGACAUCCAGGUACCAGAGCUGGCCAUGUUGCGUUUCCUGGUCGAAGACUAUGACGCCACCUCACAGAACGACCUGAUUGGACAUUACUGCCUGCCACUGACCAGUCUACAGAACGGCUACCGCCACGUCCCUCUGCUCACCAAGCGUGGUGAUGUCAUCCCCUCCGCCGGCCUGUUUGUUCACCUCAUGCUGCUGGACGCCAAAUAGAUCCCUCCCACAUCACGCUGACCCCUCCCACAUCACGCUGACGCCUCCCACAUCACGCUGACCCCUCCCACAUCACACUGACCCCUCCCACAUCACGCUGACCCCUCCCACUUCACACUGACACCUCCCACAUCACGCUGACGCCUCCCACAUCACGCUGACCCCUCCCACAUCACGCUGACCCCUCCCACUUCACACUGACGCCUCCCACAUCACGCUGACCCCUCACACAUCACGCUGACCCCUCCCACACCGACCACUCACAUACCACACUUGCCACUCCCACAUGAUACAAACCACUCACAUACCACACUGACCCUUCCCACAUCAUACUAACCCCUCCCACACCACACUGACCCCUCCCACAUCAUACUAAAAAGUCCAAUCCACACUGACCCCUCCCACAUCAUACUAAAAAGUCCAAUCCACACUGACCCCUCCCACACCACACUGACCCCUCCCACAUCAUACUAAAAAGUCCAAUCCACACUGACCCCUCCCACAUCAUACUGACAAAUCCCACAUCAUUGAGUUGUAACUGACAAGGUUUUUAAUAUGUCGAUAUUUAAUGUUUUAUCUACUUCUUUUAAGUUUGUUCCACCUGAGUAAGUCUGACCACAAGUCAGAGACCACUGUGAUGACGCACCAAAAUGUGUUUGAUGGAUCGCUGGAAAAUAGGAUUUUGUAGACUUACAGUCCAAACUGUUGUUUUUGUCGCACUGCUUUGCUUUAUCUCGGCCAGGUCGCAGUUGUAAAUGAGAACUUGUUAAAUAAAUUAAAAUAUAUAUAUAUAUGUUUUCCAAUGGUGCGAUUUCUGUCGGUAUGCAAAUAUUAUCCAACUUGAAUAAACUCUUGGAGGUCAGGAUGACAGCAGUGGUGUUGUCUACGACGAUACGGAUAUCACUUAUUAUUGAUAUCUACAUAGUAUAUUGAUGUGAAUCACACUGCUGCUCUCUCAUUUAGCUAUUUACGCCUUAGGGGAUUGUGGUUGUUGGCUGUUCACAAAUCUAAAAUGUGUAUUUGAACCCAAUAAUGGUUGAAUUCAAUAUGUUUAAACUGCCUAUCAAUCAUUGUUUUUAAAACCAGUGGACAGCCAGUGGAAAAUGCACUCUGGCAGCAGCUGCAUAGCGUGGAUCCCAGCCUAUGGAAUAAAAGUGGGGCUUUCAUUGCUCAGUCUAAUUCAUGUUGAUUACUAACAAAUAAAAGAUCCAUAGGCCUAAUGGACACAUGAUCAAACUCAUUAUGACUGUUGUUACUGACUGUUCAUGUGAAACGCACAUCAAGCCCGACAUGACCUACUGUGGUUCCUCUUAACACUCUUCUCUUGAUAUCAGCUGUGUAACAUUUAACAGAGUAUAGUCGCUGUGGUAGUAAUAUCUUGCUGUUGUUUUUCAGUAAACUGCAUUUGCACAUGCUCUUGAAUAAAAUCAUAAUUUAGA